AUUCUCAGAAUUAGUUUAGUUACGCCUAUCGCGACGAACACAUAUUUAUGAAUCGAAUUUUAAACUUCUGCCGCUUAGUAUUCUACACUCGCGUGUGUAAUUCGUAUUCGACUAUUUUGGCACAUAGCGAUGGUUCUUAUCGCUGACGAAACAUUUGCUUACCACGAUAAUUGAUAAGCAAACUAACAAAGUGGUAAUCUGUGACAAGGGCUGGGAAAACAGAAAAAAUAGAGUCGGCUAUUCUAUAAUUAAGCUAAGUUUGAUGUGCGGACGUAGUUUUGUCUUUUUGUAAGUCAUUAAGUGUAGUUUUAGAUAGAUACAGUGCGUAUGAGUGAUGCGUCUGCGCCGGUGCAAGUGUAACGUUGAACCUAUUUUCGUGCACGGAAAUAAGAGCGGCAAAAGGAGCAAAAAGGCAGCCUGAGUGAAAAACUUGAGGACGUAGUGCCGGGUGUAUUUCUGUCUGUUGUGGACUAAUGUAGACAACUGUUGGGUGAUUCAGUGCAUCGGCGUAAGAACUAGUUGAGAAAAUGAAGAAGAGAACGAUAUCUAAAUUAAAAUCCAUCUUUAGCUCCAAGAAAGGCAAACGACACCACCAAGAAUCUUCAAAGUCUUCACGUUCGCCAUCACCCGAACCAUCACAGGAGCCUCAAACUCAUGAGACAUUCCGGCCUAUUCUCCGCACGCCUCCGCCGCCGAGCCGCCCGGGGCCCCCUCCUUCACCUCCAGUUCCCACACAACCUAUAAUACCAGUACCUCCAGAACCUACCGGUCCUCAACCAUUGUUGCCCUGUCCGGUCUGUUGUCGCACCUUCGUUCCACAGUCACUGUCCAAACAUGUAAAGAUCUGCGAAAAGAUGGCAGUGAAAAAAAGAAAGACGUUCGACUCAUCGAGACAGAGACGAGAAGGGCUGAGCGCAUCGCACGGUGUCGACGGGGGCACAGACUUGGAGCAAUUCCUGCCAAAAAACUUCGGUCUGCCGGAGAACAGCCCCUUCCUCGAGAAGAGCCCUCCAAAUACAGCAAAAGCCACGCCGAAACCCAAACCAGUGUCAGUCAAAACCGCCAUUGCCAAGCCAUCGUCAGAACUGCAGCGGUGUCCGCACUGCAAUCGCGCAUUCGGCGUGCGAGCAUUCGAACGGCACGUAGAAUGGUGCGCGGACAAAGCGAAGAUUCUCCCCGCUGCACCCACUCAACCACCACCGCAUAUCGCCGACGCCAAGCAGCGCCUCAAUGCGCGCACGCAGUACAAGGCGCCGCCUGUUCGUGGACGGCGAUCAUCCCAAACACGUGACAAAUCGAACAACAGUCGGUCGGCGUCUGUGGAGUCGUCUCGUGGUGUGUCGCCGCCACCGCCACGCGAAUACGGCGAUUAUACGAAACAGGGCCGCCUCCGAGCUUCAGAAUCAAUGUCAAGCAACGACCACGACGAAUCUCCUCACGUGCCCGUCAUCAGGAACUCUCGAAACUCCAAUACUUCGGGCGACGCCAACGUCAAAGCAAGACAAGCCAGACUAGCCAGAGAUUUAAGUAGUUCUAGAAAUUCCCAAGACAUACCCAUUCAACAAAGUACUACUGACCCAAACCUUAUGAAGAGCAUCAGUCCGAAAAAGCCAAAGAAUAAAAUCAGCAUUAAAAAGCAACAACAGUUGAAGAAAUUAGAAGAGAUAGCAAAUAAGUACAAUGAAAGACAAUACAAACUUAAAGAAAAACGAGAAAAACAAAACAGUGCUAUUGAAAAGAAGCAACUUCAAGACAGAAGUCAAAUUCCUAUUCCUAAAAAGCUACCAAACAUCGUAAGUAAGCCUAAACGAGAAGUUGCGAUUGAGAAAGUACCUAAAAUUGAUACAAAUGACGAAUUAAAUUCACCUAAACCAAGUACCAGUAAAGCCAAAGCUAUUCGACACAAACCUUCAGCAGUGAAGGAAAGGGCACAUAUAGAAGUGUCUGAUAAUAAGAAGAUAAUUAAGAAUGCAACAGCUAAAAAAGAUGCUGCAGCGAAAUUAAAGGCAAGCACAGUUAGUUUAGAUAGCCUUGACGUUCCCUUGAACGUAAUUAAUGAACAGGCCACUCAUUCUAUCGGAAUAAACACAGAACUAAUGUGUCCCUGUGUCCCAUGCGUUAUACACGAUUACGUAGAUCCAAAACCACCUGCUCAGAAGAAACAAGCGGAAAGGCAUGAAAAAGAUAAAGAAGUAUCUGAAAUACGCCCUAUUGAACCGAAAGUAGAACUUCUUUAUAAAAAUCUUACUAUGGUCAGCUCAUGUGAUAUACAGGCGUUAGGAAUUGACCCAGAUUCUUUAGAAGAUUUGUCUAUAAAAUUCGAUAACAAAACCCUUUCCAUCAGCAACGAAACCUUUAAUAACUCUGACAGAAAUUUUCGCACCUCUGAAAAAAACAUUACUAGCAUUUCUGAUAGAAAUAUUUUGGAUAAAACGGAGUCCUUAAAUGAACCCAAAAAUAACCACGAGACUUCAGUUGACAUCGACUUGAACGUACUCCAACCAAACACGGGUGAAGAAGAUAAUGUGGCUAUAAAAGAGAGCGUUGAUACCGGUAAUAGUAGAAACACGGAUAAAGAAUUGGAAAAAACACCUAGUCGUGAUUUAUCUGCCGAAGAAUAUGAAGAUGAUUACGAAAGAGACCUCAGUGCAGAAUUUGAUGAAUCUGCAGAAGACAAAAGCAAAGGUAGUGUGAAAAAUGACAUAAUGUGUAGGCAUGGUAGUGGGGAUACGUACACUAAAUUCACAGAAAAUCCUGAUGACCUGGAAGAAUUCAUCAACAUGACUGACCAAAUGAUAAGCAAUCACAAUUUCAAUGAAGAUAUAUUCCAUAUGGAUAAAGAAAUCGAAAAAUUUCAUACUCCUAAGACUAGUUCUAUCGAAACCAUAGCAAAGAGUAGUUCAGAAAAUGAAACCGAGCAUCCUGAAGAAACGAAACAAAAGUUUUCUGAUACACUGGAGGAUUUGAAGACUCAACUUAAAGAACUGCUCGACGAAGCUGGGAACACUAUAGAGGAAGCUGUCAAAGAAACUGAAAAGACAAAUAAUAUCGACGACAAAAGACAAGUGAAUGAUAUGGAACAUAUAACUAUAUACCAAUUAAAGACUUACGAGCAAAGAAACGUUGAAGAAAUUAAAGUAACAGAAGAUGUCCCUUGUGAAUUUCGACUGCCAUCUAUAGUAGAGAACAACAAACCUAAUCGUAAAGAAACCUGCAGCAGAAAGAAGAUUCAAGCAAUUUACAAAUCCAACAGGAACUUCAAGUUACUAGGUGAGCAAAGCAAGAGCAACAAGGAAAAUAAAACAUUUGUAAAAGAGAACCAUGAUGAAAAUAGCGAUAGUCAAUCUAUUACCGCUGAUGCACCGCCUCUCAAGUUUCCGCGAAUUGAAAACAAAAGCAGUAACAAUAUUGUAAGUGAGACCCUGUUUCGACCCUCGUCUGUGAUACGUUCCUCCUCCUUCCUUGAUUCCAUCCAAAAGAAGAGUGUGACAAAACCGGACAGCGGAAAGAUUCGUCUUAAAUCCGACCAAUUAGAGCAAGACAUAAUGCAAUCGCUAAAAGAAUUCGACAGCUUAUAUGAUACGGAUAGGAACGACGUCAGUCAGAUGAACAAAGAGAUCAAUUACAAUGCAGAAUAUGGAACAGCGAAACGACAGUCUCGAGUCAAAACUGAACGGAAGAAGAAUGAAAAGAAGUCGAAUGGAAAUUUCACGCCGAAUGGAAAAAGCGCUGAUUCGGCUUAUAGCAGCCUAAAUAGAAUAUCACCUUCGAAAUUGUCGGUUUGCAACUCAAAAGAAUCGAACGGCGUAACACUAGACAAUAUCCCGGCCGGGUCCGACUCGAGCGGCUGCCAAAAAGACGAUCUGCGGUCAAUGUCGAGUGACGAAUUCCUGGCUAUGGAACGGUCCGCCGAGCUCAAUGAACCACUUGCUCCUGUUGAAAUACAUACUUCUACUAAGGAGAUAGAAAAUCCUAUUAUAAAUGAGAAACAUGUGAGUUCACGUGCGUCGUCUCGGCGGAGCUCAACAUGGCGGCCGCGGCCUGGGCUAAGCUCUAGCGGGUCCGAAACGUCGCUUCAUCGGCCGCAGCGAGACUCUGCGCCCGCGCCGCCGCCACGCCUAUCCCGCUUCUGCCACGAAUGCGGCAGCAAGUUCCCCGUCGACACUGCCAAAUUCUGCAUCGAAUGUGGUGUCAAACGACUCCUAGUGUGACCCAACAACGUGCGUGAAAUUUCUAGUCUGUAAUGUAGUUGUGCGAAUGUAAGCUUCGAUUUAGGUUUACGGGUGAUUGUUGCACAAUCUUGCACGAAUGUAACAACUCUUUAAUAUUGUUGUGUCACUUUUUUGUAAUGUUGGGUGUUUAAUUAUUCUGCUCUUUUUAUCUUGAAAGACAAAAUGCCAUUUAGGUGUUGAACGUGUGUUAAUAAUGUUUUCAAAGGAGCAGAAUUUAUUGUGUUACUUAUUAGAAGCACAAGAAUUAGAUUUGUCAAUCAAUAUGCUAAUUUAAUAAUUCAACUCCAUAAUAGUAUAAUAAAAUGUAUUGUUUCCAACGAAACAAUAUUUGAAUGUGUUUUUAAACAAAUGACAAAUGAACAGAGAUUAUGGAUUAAUUUGAUAUCAUUGAAAGGUGAGAUAAAUAAUGAAGAACAUGAUUGACAUUAUUUUUUUAACAUCUAACAUAAAAUAUUUUAAUACAUAUGCCUUGAAUGUAAGUAGUUGUAUCUACAUGAAAUAUUUGCACAAAUUGGACAAUAUUGGAACACGCUAGGGACUCUUGAAGUUAGCUUUCCUACGAAACACAAAGAAGCUUAGGUAUAAAAUAUAGAGUAAUAUAUUAUAAUGCAUUUUGGUUUACGAAAUGUUACCAGAUUAAACUAUAUACUUGUGCCUUCCAGAGUAGCUAGCGCUAUCUUUUAGUUCUGUUAGUAGUUUUGUUUGCACAUUUUAUUUGUUACCACACUGCCUAAAAUUUUGGCUCGCGAGUAACCUUGGAAAUUGAGAUAUCUGUGAUAAGAAAACAUUUGGCAUAACAAAAAAAUACGAUUAAUUUCCAUCAUAAAUGAAUACUAUCUUAAAUAAUAUUAAGUGCCAAUUAUUUACUUUGGGUUUAUAUGGAAUUUUGUGAAUGUUUUUCUUUUAUGUGUUGUAAUUUAGCGAAAACAGUUUAUUUUCUACAAACUUAUUACCUACCUUUCCAAGGAUUUCCAAUGAAUGUCUUUUGUCUACAAUAUAGUUGGCCAUUUUAACAAGACUGAUUUUAUUUU